UUGCAUAUAGUUGCAUUUUUCAGUUUUUCAGUGAUUUAAUGAAGUGUCGUGUUUUACGUGAUUUUCGUAGACGUAUAGCUGUUGCUCAGGCUGAGCCUUUACGCCAAGCAUUACGUUAUAUCGUUAGAAACACUACAUUACCUGCUCAAGUAAGAAUUCGCGCUCAACAACGAUUAAUUGAAAUGCCUUCCGAUACACGCACAACCCGAGUAAAAAAUCGAUGUAUUGAAUCAGGAAAAGGACGUGGUAUUUUUAGAGAUUUUCGUCUUUGUCGGUAUCAAUUUAGAUUAAAUGCACUUGAAGGAUAUUUGCCUGGUGUUCAAAAAGCUAGUUGGUAAUGUUUUUUUGAAAUAUUUAAAAAAAACAAAUCUGAUAAAAAAAUGUUAUAAAUAUCUUUAUUUAUAUAGAACU